CGACGACAUCGCCGACCGACCAAACACAUCGAGCUCCGCGGCCAUCUGAUCCUCUGCAAUCUCCACGCCGCGCGCGUACAGGAUCGAACCGGUGAUUUCGAUUCCGAAGUGGAUGCCGGAGAGGAAGAAGGCUCGGUCGCGGCUCGCUGGCGUCCGGCUGGGGCGGUCGCCGGCGGGGCCCUCCUCGUCGCCGUCGCGAAGGCGCGGGAGCGGGAGCGGAGGUCGGAGGGUUCGGCUGGCGUUGCGCCACGCGGCGGCGUCGCGCUCGCGGCCGCGGCCGCGGGAGGGAAGGGCCCUCGCGCGCUCCGCGUCCGCGCCGGCGCUCUGGUUGGGCGGCGCAGCCGCAUCGCGCGUCCACCCAGAGCCGCGGGGGCUCUCCCCGCCGUCUCCGCCACCGCCGCCGCUGGAGCGUCCACACACCUGCUUCGACGUCUUCGCCCCGGACUCCCCCUUCGGCCGCUCCGCCUCCGCCGCCUCCCUGUUCAACUGCAACCCCUGGCAGGAGGCGAAGGUGGUCGUGAGUGUCACUGUCGAAGGCAGCGUUGGGCCGGUGAAGGCGAUGGUUCGGCUGGACGGGAGCGUCGGGGAGGCGAUCGCCGCCGUGGUAGAGAGGUACGCGAAGGAGGGGAGAAGCCCACGUUUGGAUCCGGCUGCCGCCGAGGCCUUCCAGCUCCAUCACUCCCAUUUCUGCCUCCAGAGUUUGGACAAAAAUGAUAAGAUUGGAGACGUGGGAGGCAGAAAUUUCUACCUACACAAGAAUGAUGGAUAUAACAGGAUUUACCUCCAGAGUGAAGAAUCUGAUAUAAAUUUGAUUAGUGGUGAAUUUGCACAGAGCUUUGGAGGACAACAGAUUGUUGCUCUAAAUCAUGACCAGUUGUUUGCCAUUGUCAUCAAGAAGCUAGAUAAAAUUGGCAGGGUGACAAAAAGGAUUUGGAGGCUACUAACCUGUAAUUGUACAUGACCUGACCCUGUGGAUGGCUUGGUAAGCAUCCAAGUAGCAGCUUACUAGUUAUAGUAGUCAUAGUAUGGUACAAACCAUAGUAUCAGUAAACCGGUAUGGUGCAUGUGGCACUAUACUUAGGUCUAGCUCAAGAUUUCUCACUGGUGCACGAUCUUUCUUCAGAUUAUUUACCUUGGAGAGGAUGAUAGGUGAAACACCGUACUAGAGGUUUACCAGAUGUCAGCUCCUUUUAACGCCAGCUGACUAUAUUGUGGAUUAUGAGAAGUGUAAUAGGAAAACAAAAGGGUUAGGAAAAGGCUUUUUUUUCUGCUUUGAGAUUUUAAGACUUGUCUUUGGUUAGGCAAUUUCUUCCAAGCAGAGCAGACCAUUAAACAGUAGUAGCAUGUAGGGAAGUUCGAUACAGGACGGUGAGGUUCGUUCAUCGCGUGUGUUUGUUGGUCCUUAUCUGACCCCGAUUGUAAAUUAGGUGUUUUCCACAAUUUAUGCCCACGUGUUCGUUUCGUGUGAAA